CUGACAAUAAGACCAUUAAGCGAUUUUGACAUUUAUAUACUUUGCUUUUGCGAACAAUUUCGGAUACUCCGCCUUUUACAGCCACAAUAUCUGCAAAUUCUAUUGAUUAUUCUGUCUAAAAUGAUGAUAACUUUUUGAGGGAGGAUUCUAGCUAUAAGAUUACAAGAAAAUUGUAAUGUGUAACUAAUAAAAUUUAUUAACAAACAAGUUAUCAUGUCAGCUGCUGGAACCCCUUCAACUGACCCCUGGGUGAUUCUGGCCAGGGAAAGAGCCAGAUAUGAAGAACAAUUCAGGUCUUUAAAACCUACUAAUGGAAUAAUAACCGGAGAUCAAGCAAAGUCAUUUUUAUUACAAUCACAGCUACCGCCUUUGGUUUUGGGGCAGAUAUGGGCCUUGGCAGACACGGAUGCCGACGGAAAGAUGAACAUUGAAGAGUUUUCCAUCGCUUGCAAGCUGAUUAACCUAAAACUAAGAGGCUAUGACGUUCCUAAAGGCCUCCCUCCUUCAUUAUUAGCUUCUCUAAAAGUACACACCCCUCCCGCUAUUCCUCCCCUUCCCAACGCAGCACUCAUUAACCCCCCUUCACGUCCAGAACCACCCAAAGUUGCGCCUAUGAUGGCUCCCCAAGGGUUCAUGGUUCCUGGUCAAUCUCCAUUGGUUCCAGGACUUGGCGGUCAAGUUCCUGUCGGCAUUCCUGCAAGCGCCGGUCCGAUGGGCGGGAUUCAAACAGGCAUUGUUCCACCUACAGUUACUCAUAUGAGAAAUAUUGGAGGAGUUUCGGACAUACCUACAGGAAUAGUGCCACCAAUGCAGUCAACACCUAUAGUACAACCUUUAAUCGAUCCGAUCGGUCCUUUACCAUCCGCACCACCGCUAGUAGCCAAUAUCCCCUUGUCGUCUUCUACUAUCCAACCUAUAAUGUCGACCUCGCCUUUAGUAACUAGCAUCCCACCUACGGUGCCCGGAAUACCUCCUCCCCCGACCGCUAUUCCUCACAUUCCACCGAACGUACCAGUCGGAAUCCCUCCCCUACCGACUGGAGUUCCACCCAUCGCGUCCGUCAUCGCUCCCGUAAACACGGUAGCCCCCAUGGGCGGUUCAGGGAUGUCUCCUGUAACGGGACAACCGCUCGGCAUACAGGGCGUUCCUCGUCCCAGUGCCUCCAGCACUCCUCGAGCCAGCAUCACCAGUUUGGAGAGGACUCAUUCCAUAGAAUCCGUAUCAAGUCAACCAGAAUGGUCGGUACCACAUCAAACUAAGUUGAAAUAUACACAAAUAUUUAACUCUACUGAUAGAACUCGAAGCGGAUUUCUAUCGGGAGCGCAAGCGAGGAAUGUCAUGGUUCAAACUAAAUUGCCGCAAAAUAUUCUAGCACAAGUUUGGGCGUUAUCGGAUAUGGACAUGGACGGUAGACUGGGUUGCGAGGAGUUCGUGUUAGCUAUGCAUUUGUGCGAGCAGGCUUCUCUGGGCACUCCCCCGCCGACGAAAUUGCCUCCCGAUCUGGUGCCGCCUUCGUUCCGAAGAACGAGAACGACUUCGGUUUCCAGCCAAGGCAGCGCGCCUGCCGAUCAGGAUCCUGCUUCGACUUUAUUACAGAAUUCGUUCGAGGAUAAGCGCAAAGAAAACUUCGAAAAGGGCCAAGCUGAGUUGGAGCGAAGAAGAAAAACGCUGUUGGAUCAGCAGCGACAAGAGCGCGAAGAACGGGAGCGAAAAGAAAGAGAGGAGCUGGAAAAGAAGGAGAAGGCGCGACAAGAAGCGGAAAGGAAGCGACUGGACGAAUUGGAGAAACAAAUGAGGGACCAACAGGAGAAGGAAAGAUUAAUAGAGGAGGAGAAAAAGAGACAGGCUGAACAAAGAGAGGCGGCCAGGAAGGAGAUGGAGCGACAGAGGCAAUUGGAGUGGGAGAAACAAAGAUUGCAGGAACUUCAAAAUCAACGCCAAAGAGAGCAAGAAACCGUGCUGAAACUCAAAGCUAAAAACCAAAGUCUCACCAUCGAUUUGACAGCGCUAAACGAUCAAGUCAAAGAACUGUCGCAGAAAAUUUGCGAUACGCGCAUGGGCGUGUCGAACGUCAAAACGACCAUCGACGGUAUGCGAUCGACGCGCGACUCCCAAAUGUCGGAAAUGUCGCAGCUGAAGAACAAGUUAAAGGAGCAGAACGCUCGGUUGUUGGCGCUGAGCCAAGAGAAGAUCAAAUUGGACGCCAAGAGUAAGGCGCACGCGCAGGAUAGUGAGCAAACUAGGUUGGCUUUCGAGAAUAAAGAGGUUACCAUUAAAAAUUUGAGGACUAAGGUCGACGACAUGCAAUCGGAAAUCGACAGCAAAUUGACAGACAUCGAAAACAACAACACCCAAUUGUCCGACUUAAAAACACAACUCAAAAAUCUUGUGAACGAGUGCGAACAACUAUACAGCGUGUACGAGGUGAAACGGAGCACGAUAUUGGAGAUGAAGAACGCCAACAAAAGCACCGAGUUGGACGCGUGGAAGACAACGGAUGCGUGGGGACCUUCUGCCGAAGACAGCUCGAGUGAUUGGCCCGUGGAUAAUAACUGGGCUGAAACGGGCACCGCUACCACGGACUUGUCUUCGUUACCCGGAAUCGUCAAGUACAGGGCUUUGUAUGAGUUCGUGGCGAGGAACAACGAUGAAAUCUCGUUCCAACCGGGCGAUGUUAUUAACGUGGCGAAAGAACAAACCGGCGAACCUGGUUGGUUAGCAGGCGAAAUAAGAGGCCACACCGGUUGGUUCCCGGAAGCUUACGUGGAACCCAUAGACGGAGUCGGCGUAAGGGAUGAUGAAGCUGUUUUUGCCCAACCCGUUGGUCCCAGUUUGGAAGAAAUCGAAGCCACACGACUGGAGGGUAUCGCAGAGGUUCCGGAAGGCUCCGACACGACGAACUCGUUCGAACCCGCGCCAGCGCCCGUUCAGGCUGACAUCGUCAGCCAACCUAGCUCGGUCGAAGAGGCGGAAGCCGAGUAUUACAUAGCCAAUUAUCCUUACCAAUCGCAAGAACCCGGAGAUCUGACGUUCAACGCCGGAGAGGUGAUAGGCGUGGUGAAAAAAGACGGCGAUUGGUGGACGGGUAAAUUAAACGGAGCCGUAGGAAUAUUCCCGAGCAAUUAUGUACAGAAGGUCGAUGUGCCUUCUACCACUAACGUUGUCGCUGAGCCAGUUGCCGUUCAAUCUACCGUCGAAGCUGUUGCGGCGGAACCUCCGCAACCGAAGCUAUCGACGUGCGUAUCGGCGGAGGCCGUACAAACGGCGCUUGAAAACGUCAACGCGCAGGCGCAAGCCCAGGCCCAGAUCGACAACGAAGUGUCGCAGAUCAGCUUCAACAAGGCGAAAGAGGAGGCGCUGGCACAAGCUGCAUCCGGCCAGGUUGUGAAGACGAAAAAACCCGAAAUCGCUUCGGUAAUAGCUCCGUACCAGUCGACCAGUCCCGAGCAGCUGUCGUUGGCGCGCGGCCAGUUGAUCAUGAUCAGGAAGAAGACGGACAGCGGUUGGUGGGAGGGAGAACUGCAGGCGAAAGGUCGCAAACGUCAAGUGGGCUGGUUCCCGGCCAGUUAUGUUAAGGUGCUGAACAGUACGGGGAAGAUCAGCGGCAGGAGCACGCCCGUAUCGACCACCAGGAUGCAGCAGGAGGUCGUUAUCGAUAAAGUGAUAGCGUUGUACCCGUACACAGCCGGUAACCCGGACGAGCUGUCGUUCGCGAAAGACGACAUUAUAAGCGUGACGGCGCGCGAAGAAGAAGCCUGGUGGAGGGGGGAAUUGAACGGCGUGUCCGGACUCUUUCCCAGCAAUUACGUGACUCCGCUUGGGCAAUUGCAAUACUCUCCGCCGCAAAAUAAGAAACGUCAAGAAAGCAUCAACGAAUUCAUCCAAACCGAAAAAAGUUACGUCAGCGAUAUGUCGAUCGUUCACGAAGUGUUCGAAGAACCGCUAAGAAGGAGCAAGCUGGUUCCUGUCAAGGAUAUCGACGACAUUUUCGUCAACUGGCAAGACAUUAUCAAAUGCAAUAAACGAUUCUUGAAGGACUUGGUUAGUGCCAAUAAGACCGGUAGCGAUAUGAUCGGGGAUAUCAUAUGUAAACAUCUGCCGGAAAUGAAAGCCUAUAUAACUUUUUGCGGUAAACAGCUGGACAGCGCUACGCUUUUACAAAAAUUAACGGAAAAUUCGACAGCAUUCAGGGAAUUGGUGAAAAAAUGCCAAAAUAACGUCGCCACGAAAGGAAUGCCCUUAUCAUCGUUUUUAAUCAAACCCAUGCAGCGAAUUACCAGAUAUCCGUUGUUGAUCAAUAAAAUUUUAGAGAACACUCCACAAAAUCAUCCAGACUACAUAAACCUCCAAGAAUCCCUGACGUUGGCCGAACGGUUCCUGAGCUCGAUCAACGAAAACGUCAGAGUCAAAGAGAACCAAGACCGUUUGAAAUGGUUGCAGCAAUGCGUCCAAAACGACUUGAACAUCGUGUUCAGUAGCGAUACGAAUAGACUUGGACCGAGACAACUCUUGCACCACGGCCAUUUCGUCAAGCUGAAAAGCAACAAGGAACUGUUAGGGUUCCUGUUCAACGAUUUUUUCAUGCUGGUACAGCCCAGCAAAGGCGCCGGUACCCAAUUUCAGUUCCAGAUCAACGGGAACGUCACCUACAAAUUGUACAAGCAGCCGAUACUGAUCCAAAAUUUGGCGGCGAAUCGAGAGAGUACCGACAACGUGGAGACCGGCACCGACUCAAACAGAGUUCUAAACAUCCAGGACGAGAAGAACACUUUCAAAAUCGCUCUGCUCGUUAGUUCGGUCAGCGAAUGCAACCUGUGGAUGAAAAGGAUAGAGACGGCAAGAGAAACGUGUUUGAAAAUUUACACGUUGAAUCUGCAGAAUAAGAGAAAAACACUUCCUCAUUUUCGGAAGAUGUUGUUCGUUACCAUAUUGGAAGGUAACGAGUUUAUUAAUCGAACCAAGGAAAUUGGCAAUUUCAACCCCAAAAAAGGCAAACCUCCCAACGACAACGUCUAUUGCAAAGUAUGCCUGGGCAAUCAAGAACAAGAAACCGACGUUGCCAAAGAGAACCUCAUCAACGGCAACGCCGCGCAGAACGGCGUUCCGCAAAUACCGUCGUUAGUGUGGAACUACAGCAUGCAGUUCCAGCUGAGGAACAUCAACCAGGAAAUUUUAACCUUUUCGGUGUACAAGCAAAACCAUUUUAGCCCGGAUGAUUUCCUGGGCAGAGCCGAAUUGAAAGUGAAAGACGUUCUUAGAGAGUCGCAAAAUCAUAAUGGACCGAUCACGAAAAAGCUCAUUCUUCACCAAGUAGAGUCGGGUGAAAUUAUAGUAAAAUUAGAUUUACAUUUAUUCGAUAAUUAUUAGAACGAAAGCAAUGUUUACACAUUUUUAUAAACAAAAUAUGCAUUAGACGUGAACGUCCAUAAUGUGUCAACUGUCAAUUAAGUGUUAAAUGUCAUUGUUGUAUAGGAGUGGGCAAAAUAAUUGAUUAUUAAUCGAUUAGUCUUUCAUUUUUUUAGAUUUUUUUUUAAUUUAUCGAUUAUAUUCGAUUUUUACCGAUUAAUCGAAUAACAAAAAAAUGUGUUGUGGGCAAAAUGUUCUUUGAAAAUUAUGCUAAAAUUUAAGAUUUUAUUUAUUUUCAUUGAAGGAGUGCUUUAUAAGCUAAAUUAGAUUAAAAAUUUACUAAUAAUCGAUAAAUUAAUAAUCGAUUAUUCGGAAAUAAUCAAUUUAACGAUUAUUCGAAAAUUAUCAAUUUUCUGAUCGAUUAUUUUCACUAAAUCGAUUGAUCGAAAGUAGCCGAUUAAUCAUUUAUAAUCGAAUAUUUGAAAUAAUCGAUAAUCGCCCUGCCCUAUUGUUGAGGUACUAUUCAAUAAAAAGCAAUGCUCUCUAACAACACAUUAAAGUAUUUUAUGACAGUUCGAAACAAGAUAAUAGUAAAAAGAAAAACUAUACUUGCCAAAUACAUGUUCAUAUUUUUGACAGAUAUUUAAUGCUCUUCAAUGUCAAUAUUUUGACAGUUAUCUCUUCUUCGAUGUCAGAUAUUUAGGCAGCUGUCUUAUGCUCUCAAGUUUCAAUAUUUUGACAGCUUUUAUAUACGAUUUAGCGUAAUUAUCAUGACAACUGACAGUUGUCUUAAGCUCGCCCAGUGACAAUAUACCGACAGCUUUAUUAUGCUCUCCAGUGUCAAUAUAAAUCGAUUUAGUUAUAUAAAUCGAUUAAUAUGUUCUUGACAUUUCGUAAACAUUCUAAUUAAAUAAUGCAUUUAUAACAAUUCUAAUUACAUAAUCA